AGAAGAUGAUCGUGGUGCCAGCCGGACGGCCGGAUGGACGAUGGCUCUUUCCCGAGGUCUGCGGUUCUGUGCCCGGGUGUUUUCUUGGAUACCUGUCCUCAUAAUCACCUCCGUGGUCCUCUGGUCAUACUACGCCUAUGUAUUUGAGCUAUGUUUAUUUACAAUCAAGAACACGCUGGAGAAAGUGGCCUACUUAGUGGUGUUCCAUGUGUGCUUUUUGAUGUUCUCCUGGACCUAUUGGAAGUCCAUCUUCACUCCACCUGCAUCUCCCUGCAAGAAGUUCCAGCUGUCAUAUUCUGAUAAAGAGCGCUAUGAGAUGGAGGAGAGGCCUGAUGUUCAGAAACAGAUCCUAGUGGAUAUCGCUAAGAAACUCCCCAUCUUUACUAGAGCUACGUCUGGAGCUAUCAGGUUCUGUGACCGCUGCCAAGUCCUGAAGCCGGACCGCAGUCACCACUGCUCGGUCUGUGAAGCGUGUGUCCUGAAGAUGGAUCACCACUGUCCUUGGGUGAAUAACUGUGUGGGGUUCUCCAACUACAAGUUCUUCCUCCUCUUCCUGUCCUACUCCAUGGUCUACUGUGUCUUCAUCGCUGCCUCCGUUUUCAGAUACUUCAUCAAGUUCUGGGUGGGGGACCUGCCCAACGGGAGUGCAAAGUUCCACGUUCUGUUCCUGAUGUUCGUGGCAUUGAUGUUCUUUGUCAGUCUCAUGUUCCUGUUUGGGUACCACUGCUGGCUGGUUGCCAAGAACAGAUCUACGCUAGAGGCCUUCUCAGCCCCAGUCUUCACUACAGGACCAGAUCGUAAUGGAUUCAACAUGGGGAUCAAGAGGAACUUGCAGCAGGUGUUUGGAGAGGACAAGAGACUCUGGUUCAUACCAGUCUGUACCAGCCAGGGAGAUGGCCACUACUUCCCCGUCAGGAGUCUGAAUGAGUCUUCUACCUCUUUGCUAGCCAAUGAGAAGUGGGAGGAAGAGGAUGAGGAGGAGUCUGAUGAUGAGAACAUGGGAGGAGAAAGAGAUCUCUCAGUUACCAUAGAGAUGGGAGAGGAAGAGGAGUAGGGGAUGAAGCAUCACGUACAGUUCGUGUUGUGAGGUGUGAUAAUCAACCACACUGUUACUAAGGUAACCUUGACUGGAUGAAACUGACAGAAGUCUUCCCUACUUAGUGGAUCCGUCAUCAGACACUCUGAAGAACUCAGUAUGGCGCCAAAACCUUCUUACACAUCACCUUUAUAUUAUAUAUAUAUAAUAUGUCCUUAUAUAUAUGUCCUUAACGGUUGAAUGUCAUGUCUAGUUUCAUUUCACCAAGGAGGACAAUGUCAGGGGAUCAGAAGUCAACUAGUGUUAUAUUCUAUCCGACUAAAGGAUUGUUGAGAGGAAAUGCAUUUCUAGCACUGUGGACUCAUUCUCUCCCUUUGAUUCUUUCCUGUUCUUCCUCUCAUAUUUCAUCUCUCCUAUUCUUUUUUAAAGAGAGAAAAUCAGAAGUUGUGUUUUGAGUCUACAGAAUGUGAUUCUUUGGGUCGUGGUUUAGCUGCCUAUACUGUAAUGUGGUUGUGAUUCACCCAAACCACAACCUAUUCCCUUCACAGCAUCCCAAACCACAACCUAUUCCCUCCAUAGCAUCCCAAACCACAGCCUAUUCCCUCCAUAGCAUCCCAAACCACAGCCUAUUCCCUCCAUACCUUCCCAAACCACAGCCUAUUCCCUCCAUAGCAUCCCAAACCACAGCCUAUUCCCUCCACAAUGAGGGCCUGUAGGUAGACAAAUGGAUAAAGUUGGUUUAAACCAUUAAUUGAAACAAAAAUCAUUUGUGGCCGUUCUAAUGUCAUGCUGCAUAUUUGAAACUGAUUCUGAAAAAUGUAAAAUACAGCCUAUUACCACCAUAAUGUAACAAAAACAACUUAAAAAUGCAGAAAAACAAUAGAUUUAUUGUUGAGCCCUAUUUUAGUCCGUCUGAGCAGACCUGUAUCUAAAUGACUAGCCUCAGUAAUGACCCUUCGCUUGUCUGCCAGAUAGGAUCCUCUUUUAAUUUGUUAUUAUUAUCUACCACUAUUUAUUAUAUUGUUGUAAAUUACAACUUUAAGAUGUUUGUAAAAUAUCCAAAUAAAAAAAGUAUUUUUUGGGUGGUUUCCAGACAGAUUAAACUGAGUUCUGCACGAUAGAGCCCAAUAAGACGUUAGUAUAAAAGGUUAUUUACUGUAUUUCAGGAAACCAUCACCAAUACUGUUUUCAAAUCAUCAAGAGACACUUCUACUCUGUACAGACCAAAUACAUUUUAAAUGUUCUGUUUAUCAAGUUUCAUUUACAAUCAUGUCUUGUAAAUCUGAGUUGUGUGGAAUGAUUGGGUGUGUGUGUGUUUGACUGUUGAGUUCGUGUUCUUGCGUGUUUAUUUAUUGUUCUACCAUUGUUUUUAUGUAUGGUUGUGUGGGUAUUUCUGCCGAACCCUGUACAAACCAAACCCUGUGCAGCUUAUUAAUAAAUACACUGAUCAUUCUGAUUAUCAAAUGA